AACGAUCGUAAAGAUCGGCAAAGUCGGAGCGGUCACGGCAAGCCAUUGCGGCCACUAGCUCGAUCAAGCCGGUGAAUGCAGUGAACAGCAAUGAACCAAUCGGCCGCAGUCUGCCGGUGCCUGCCAGUGUUUGCCAGUGUCCGCCUUGCUGGCCAAUCAGCCGAGCCAGACGGUAAGCGUCACGUGGGCGAACGGCCACCGCGCCGCGCUGAGCGCUCAGCCGCGUUGCACGUUGCGCGUUGCGCGUUGCGCUGCGCUUCGUUGCUUCGUAUUUUUUUACUUUGCUGUUUCGCGCAUUCGCGCUGCGCUCAGCCAACUCAGGGCCACUCACGAGAGUGGGAUAGUCGGUGCUGGUCAGUGUCAGUGCGUCGCGAACCUCGAUCGCGCGUGCUUGCGCGUUCGUAUGUUCUUUUAACGUUUUGCAGAGAAAAGUGAAAGAAUUUGAAAAAAAAAAAAACAAACAGAUAGAAUAAAAGGAAGGUAGAAAAAAGAGGAUGAGUGCGACGCGAAAUACAUCGAAAGUCUCAAUAAAAUUUCGUGGCUUUGCUAUUAAUCGUUGUGUAUGCGCGCGAGGUAUGAUUCCAUAGUAGCCAUGAGUAGCCGUGAGUAACCGUGAGUAACCGCAAAUCGACGAGAUCGAGAUCACUGAGAUCACCGAGACCAUCGAGACCAUCGAGACCAUCGAGACCAUCGAGACCCGUCAAGCCGUCAGGUGCACGCUCCGAUUCUCCGUUAGUCGUACUACCCGCUACUAUUUACCGAUUUACUACUCACACAACUCGCUCAACUGCUCAACUGCUAUUCCAGCUUAUGGAUAUGUGUCACGUGAUUCGAGUGUAUUAUUUUACUCGGUGCAAUGUAUCGUGCAAUGUGUCGUGCAAGGAUCUCUGUCGAAUUAAAAUCUGCACCUGAAAGAGAGUAAGAAAGAGACACUUGUACGGCAGAGAAGAGUGUGAAAAAGGAAAGAAAAAAGGAGCGACAUGGCGCCCCCCGAUAGAUCGCCUCGCCCCAACUCCGGUCUUAGCCUCUCCGUACUCGAUCUAGCGCAGAUACGAGCGUUGGUCGAGUCGACGGGGAUGCUAGGCGGAUCUACGUGUCCAUCCUGCGAAAUGCCAUUCGACAAAGGCAAGAAACGUCGCCUGAUCGACUCCUGCGGCCACGAGCGUUGCUAUUCCUGCUUGUUUCGUAGCGAAGUCUGUCCGCUCUGCCUGCGUGGUUACGAUCUCAACAAUGACGACGGAUUGGAAGAAUCGUCUCUCAGGGAUGUUUCUUCGACUCCGCUGCCCACCUUCGCGCUCACGGAUGGUUGGCUCGAUGAAUCAUCAACGGUAAAUUCUCUCUGUGGCAGCCCCAGGCUACGCACUAAGAUUACCACGAGGACUAAUCUGCCGUCGCGUGUCAUACACCAGCGCAGCGGGGCAGAAAAUCUCUCGUUGAUAACAAUAGCUAAAAACUUGAAAAGCAAAGCAUCGAUACACGCAGAUUCUUCUGUCUCUCAAGAUCGACAGAAACUUAAAAUGACGCAAAGUUGUCCUACACCACCGAACCAACGAAGAAGAUUUUUCCUCAACCCGAAAGUACUAAGAAGUUCCGUCCAGAGAUCUUCGAGACAUACUACAUCUUCGCCCGAACCAAUUGCAAAUGAUAAUCCUUCUGCCUUAUCAGCUUGGAUGACUUCGUCCUUGGAAAGAAAAGCGAGAUGGCCCGGCGUUGUUUUGGGAAAAAUCAAGUCUUUGUGGAGCAACAGUCAAGGCACAGCUAACGACGGGUUGAAUCAGCUUAUUGGCUCGUCGAAUAAAGUUGCAGAUGAUGAGGGUGGUUGCGUGAAACCACUGCCUUCGAAAACUAGAAAAUCAUCACAAUCGGAUCUGUACAUGAGGCUGGGUUUGCUAUUGGGAUCCAAUCGAGCAAGCGCAAGCGUGGAAUCAGGUGCGUGUCCGUCACGAGUUUCGAUACAAGGACAUGACAGCUCCGCGGCCUCUUUCAGCAGCUUGACCAGCUUUGAAACACAGACAUUGGCUUCGACGAAUACGAGCCCAGUAUCGACAUUAACGGGUACAUCGAGCGAAGCGGAAGCCGCCGCGGCACUACGAUGUCCCAUCAAGCCAAAAAUCAAGACCAAGGGGAAGACCAAAUCCAGAGAUUGCGACAGCGCUGGCAGCCUAGCAUCUAUUUCCACAUCAUUAUCCGCGUCCACGUCAAUGUCUAUGUCUAUGUCUGUCUCCGUGUCAGGUCUCUCAAAUGGUAGUUCCAGUCCGCUCGCGCCCAGAAGAUAUCUCGCCAACACCGCGCAAGCCAGUCAAUCCCACAAUCAAACUGACGAUCUCAGUCAAUUGAAGAACAGACGAUUCUGUGCCCGAAAAUCAGCAAGAGCUGGCAAUAUUAAAGGUCCCAUGGAUGCUAAAUUACGUUUCAUUCAGCAUCAUACGACGCAAUUGAAUCUGAAGCCACUGUUCUUCGAAGUACCGUUACUAGAAGAAGAUCCACUUUUCGCAGGACGACAGUGGUUGUUACAUGAAUUAGAAUCCCUGAUCAAUGGUUCUAGCCCUGGCAUCUUGAUUUCCGGAUCACCAGGUACAGGGAAAACUGCGCUCGUUCUACAAUUGGUAGAACAUAGUUGUUUCGGAAGAAGGAAAGAACAGCCAAGACCAGCGGAAGUAAGCGAGGAAUGCGACGAAAGGGAGAAACAGAAUACUAACGCGACUCUGCAAGCUAACAUUCGGAAUACUAACGAAAAGGUCCGUGAAUUGGCGUCACACGUUGUAGCUUAUCACUUUUGCCAAGCUGACAACAACAGUACCUGCCUAGUCCCAGAUUUAAUUCACUCACUGGCGGCACAACUUUGCCAGGCUCCUCAAUUGAUCUCAUAUAGAGAAUACCUUUUGUCCGAACCCCAUCUUCAAGGCUCAUUAUCGCAAAGGGAAUGCACCGUCAACCCAGAUCUUGCGCUUUCGAGAGGUAUCAUCGAGCCUCUUUUGACUCUGAAGAAAGCCAAUAGAUUAUCAGCUUCGAAUGUGAUAAUAUUAAUUGACGCCGUUUGCGAAGCAGAAUAUCACAGACCGGACAGAGGCGAUACUAUAGCUUCUUUCCUAACUAGACAUGCACCUAACAUUCCCAAUUGGUUAAAGAUUGUUUGCACAGUUAGAACGCAAUUGCUGGACUGUGCGAAACAAUUACCAUAUACGAGAAUUUCGUUAGAUAAGACUACAAACGAUGCGAUUGGUAACAGCAUUGCGAAGGAUUUGUCCGAUUACAUUGGUUAUAGAUUAGCGCAGAGUCCUUCUAUCCAGUCAAAUGUAGCUGCAUCGAUAAAUGGCAAAACAGAAUCAUCAUGUAACGCGAAUCAAGCAAGAUUUUCUUCACAUUUACUUGCACUAGCUAGAGGUAGUUUUCUCUUUGCCAAAUUGACGCUUGAUCUCAUCGAGAGUGGACAUUUAGUCGCUAAAUCUGCAAGUUAUAAGGUAUUACCGGUUUCUCUCGCACAGAUUUUCCAAUUACAUUUUAAUUUGAGAUUUCCUACGGCAACAUCGUUUGACAAAGUACAACCUCUUCUAGCCGUUUGUCUGGCAGCUUUGUAUCCACUGACUCUACCCGAAAUUUUCUAUUCCGUCAAUUCUUUAAAUAUAGAUCACUUUGUUUCAUGGGACGACUUUUUACAGAGAUUUAACAUGCUCUCUGGCUCUCUCGUGAAACGUUUAGACAAUACAUACAUGUUCUUUCACCCAUCGUUCAGAGAAUGGUUGAUGAGAAGAGAUGAAGGAGAAGCAACAAAGUUUCUAUGUGACUAUAGACUCGGUCACGCAGCGAUAGCGUUCCGACUAUCUCGUUUUCAAGCGCCAUUGGAUGGUGACAAAGCUUUAGAAUUAGGCCAUCAUGUGUUAAAAGCACAUGUUUACAGAGGCGUGGCUCCAUGUUGGCCUUCGCGCGAUUUACAAGCCAUUUGGCUGACUUUAGCGACAGAUUGCAUCUCCACUGCGUUGUGCACGCUUCGGAACAUUUACAGUCCAAAUGUCAAAGUAUCGCGAUUGCUCCUGCUGGCAGGUGCAUCACCGAAUCACAUUACCGAGUAUUUGGGUAAUGCACCGGCUUUAUGCAUGUAUGCGCACGAAGGUUCCGUCGAGAUGGUAUCGCUUCUUCUUGAGUUUGGCGCCGAUGUUGAACUGACUAAUAGUCAAGGUUGUACCGCGCUAUCAUUAGCAGCUGCUCGAGGACAUUGUGACGUAGUGAGAAGACUGGCCGCCGCUGGUGCUUCGUUGGGACAUGUAGAUACUGCAGGCCAAUGUCCUUUGGUGCACGCGGCCAGACACGGAAGACUAUCCGUGGUUGGAUAUCUUCUCGCUUGCGAUUGGGUACCAGCCAGUGAAAACAAAGCAGAAAAUGACGCUUUGGAAAUAGGCAGAGAAGAGGCCGCCCAACAAGCUGUUGUCGCGGCUGCAUCACAAGGUCAUGAAGCGGUCGUGGAAUACCUUUUAGAUAUGGCCGAGGUAAUCGUAGAUCGUCCCGAUACACUAAUAGGCGAAACUGCUCUGACGAUCGCCGCUGCAAACGGCUCGACUGCAACAGUGUCUGCACUUUUGGCCCGUGGCGCUAAUCCUACAGCUGUAAACGCGAAAGGUCUUUCUCCUCUUAUGCUCGCCGCCAGAGAAGGGCAUUGGGGUACUGCCGAACGUCUCCUGCAAGGAGAUAUAUCCAUCAACACGGAUACUGUAUCGCUUCUAGAACAACGCGAUCUCGUUGGUCGUACCGCUUUGAUGUUGGCCGCUUCCGAAGGUCAUACCAAUCUGCUUGAAUUAUUGCUCGAUAAGGGCUCAAUCCUAGAAACAAAGGACAAGGAGGGACUCACCGCUCUCGGUUGGGCUUGCGUUAGAGGACGCGUAACCGUCGUACAAAUGUUACUCGACCGUGGCUCGAAUGUCGGUACGAACGAUAACUCUGGUAGAACUCCUUUGGAUUUGGCUGCAUUCCAGGGUAAUCCAAAACUAGUACAAUUAUUACUCGAGAAGGGAGCCGCGGUGGAACACGUUGAUCUUCAUGGCAUGCGACCUUUGGAUCGAGCUAUCGGAUGUCGAAAUAUACUAGUAGUUCAAUGCUUUUUACGUCGUGGCGCUAAACUAGGUCCCGCCACAUGGGCCAUGGCAGCAGGAAAACCAGACGUCUUAAUCAUCUUAUUAAAUAAGCUCUUAGAGGAUGGCAAUGUUUUAUAUCGAAAGAACAGAUUGAAGGAAGCGUCACAUCGAUACGCGUACGCUCUUAGGAAAUUUCCAAUUUCACCGGAAGAAGAUUGUCAAGGACAGGAACAAGGUCAUAUGAUUCUGCAGCUUCAAACUUUUACACAGCUUCGCUUGAAUUUUCUUCUAAAUCUGAGCCGAUGUAAACGCAAGAUGAACGAAUGCACCGAAGCUGUUGAACUCGCUGACGAGGCUCUCAGCAUCCGACCCGUUUCUUACGAAGCAUUUUAUGCUAGAGCUAAAGCGCGUGUAGACUUACGCAUGUUCGAAGACGCUUUAUCGGAUGUUCAAGAGGCUCUCCAAAAUGCUCCAGCUCACAACAGACAAGAUCGCAGGGUACUUGCAUCUUUGAAAGAUGAGAUUAUCUCUCGAAUCGAUGGUGCGGAGAUCAAUAAAGAACAUGAUGAUUACAUCACUAAAUCUCGUCUUCGGGCGUCAGUAGACACUCUUACUGAACUGUAAUGAUAUUUGAUUAACACUCGAAUAAGUUAAAAUUAUAUAAAUCGAUUCAAGGCCGAAUUUAGAAGACGAACGAACAAAGCUUAACUUGAAUUUUCCUAAAAAUCUAAACAAAUGUAGAAAUCUCACACUACAUCUGUUGUGCAACAUCUGUUAUUAAAUAGUAGCGAAAAUGCAUUGAAGUCAAAAAGCAUAUCUAUAGCCAAUAUUAUAAUUUUCCAGUAUAGCCAAAAAAUGAAAAAUCGAGAAUAUAAUAUUGUUGAACAAUUCGCGCAGAUUCGUAUUGAUAAAUAUUCAUAGUUCGUUUAUCUAUUAUCAAUGUUUUGAAAUAUGUUUUAUUGCACACACACACACACACACGCGCGCGCGCGCGCGCGCGUUGUGUGCAACUUUUUAUACAUUUUAUAUACUUAUGUGUAUGUAUAUGUUUACAUAUACAUACAUACAUACAUGUGAUCGUUUAUUAUUCCAGUCUGGUAAUUGGUUUUAGAGAGCAUCAUUUUAAUUUAAAGAAAAACUAUUUAAUUGUGUUUUUAUCAGUAUUUUAUAUUGCUAGAAAUAUAAUCGUAGCGCAAUAUUUUUUAAUGUAUUAAAUGCAUAAUUAUGUACAAUCAAGUACAUUACAAAAUUUUUCAGUUAUAUGCUGAAUAUACUGAACAAUCACAAAAAUCUUCAACUCGGACAAAAAAAUAUCAGAUUCAUUUCUAAUAAAAUGUAAAAAGCUCUUUUUAAUGUUCAACUUGGCAGAAAUAUUUAUCAUGCUGUAUCUUGCCAUAUGUAUACAAGAUGAUUCAAAAUUAAUGCGACAAGUGCUAAAUCAAUUUUAGCGCGUAUUUCGAAUUAGACAUUAUCUUUGAAUAUUAAAUUAUAUUUAAAUUUAUUUUCAUUAUUAAAGUGAUAUUAACUUUUUACUUACAAUUGUAAGUCAAAGUCAAUAUCACUUUAAUAAUGAACACUAAACAGCAUUCUUCAUUCGACAUGGGCCUAUAAUAGAAGCAUCUUGUAUAUAUGUAUUCGUGUAUACAAAAUAUCGAAUCAUACUGCCUACAUUCGAAGAAAUCAUUUACAUAGGAUUACUAUACUCGCAAAAUAUAUAAUGCUCAUGUCUAACGAGCUUGAUCGAAGAGUGUAUAGCUCCAUUAUACGAGCGUUCCAUGAAAACAAUUAUGUUGAAUGUUAUUGACUCCAUCAUAACAAACAAAGGUGUCAAAUAAACUAACUUUUUAUUAA